UAUGGAACCCAAUUGGAGAGUGCCGGUUCCCCCUGAAAUUUUCUGGCUUCAUCUGUAUACAACAGUUGAGUCUUCCUUUUCUAUAGCACUGAAUGUCGGUUUUCGUUCACUCUUUCACUGCUAAACUCCAUCUCCCUCACAAUCUCUCUUCUUCUUCUUCCUCAUAUUUCCCUUCUAGAAUCUUCUUUCGCUUUCAAUCUCGUUCCCUCACACACAGUACCUCGCUAUUCUCUUCACUCAUGCCAAACAAUCAGAGAAAGGGUGGUUAUAAAGAAAAAAAAUGGCAAGUGAGGAGUUCCAAUAGGGUACCAGGUUCAUCUUCAAAUGUCGAACCUGCAUCUCCUGCAACUACUGGAGCCAUUGCUGACCGUCUAAGUUCCUUGAAUAUUACUGAAAGUGGUGCACAGUCUAGUGUUCCAGUUGCAUCUCUUCAGUUUGGCAGCGUUGGAUUAGCACCCCAAUCACCUGUGCAGCAUCAAAAAGUCAUCUGGAAACCCAAGUCAUAUGGAACAGUGUCUGGAGCCCCAAAGAUUGAAGCUGUAAAAACACCAAAUGAACAAAAAAGUGCUCUUUUGAGCAAAUUAUUUAAGGGUAGUUUAUUGGAAAAUUUUACUGUAGAUAACUCCACAUUCUCAAAAGCCCAAAUAAGGGCCACUUUCUACCCAAAAUUUGAGAAUGAGAAAUCAGAUCAGGAGAUUAGGACAAGGAUGAUAGAGAUGGUCUCCAAAGGCUUGGCUACAGUGGAGGUCUCUCUUAAGCAUUCUGGAUCUCUUUUUAUGUAUGCUGGGCAUAAGGGUGGAGCAUAUGCCAAGAAUAGCUUUGGAAAUAUCUAUACUGCCGUUGGUGUCUUUGUUCUUGGACGGAUGUUUCGUGAGACAUGGGGUACUCAAGCAAGUAAGAAGCAAGCAGAGUUCAAUGAGUUUCUUGAGCGCAAUCGCAUGUGUAUAUCAAUGGAGUUGGUCACGGCAGUGUUGGGGGACCACGGACAACGCCCACGAGAUGAUUAUGCGGUUGUGACUGCAGUCACGGAGUUGGGAAGUGGAAAACCAAAUUUCUAUUCAACUCCCGAUGUAAUUGCUUUUUGCAGAGAAUGGAGAUUACCAACAAAUCAUAUAUGGCUGUUCUCAACAAGGAAAUCAGUUACUUCCUUCUUUGCUGCGUUUGAUGCACUCUGUGAGGAAGGUACAGCAACCUCUGUUUGCCAGGCUCUUGCUGAAGUUGCUGACAUUUCUGUACCUGGAUCAAAAGACCAUAUAAAAGUGCAGGGUGAAAUUUUGGAGGGCCUCGUGGCACGCAUUGUAAAACGUGAGAGCUCAGAGCAUAUGGAGCGGGUUCUAAGAGAUUUUCCUCCUCCUCCAUUAGAGGGUGAGGGUUUGGACUUGGGACCUACGCUGCGUGAGGUUUGUGCUGCAAAUAGAUCAGAAAAGCAGCAAAUCAAGGCGCUUCUUCAGAGUGCUGGCACGGCUUUCUGCCCGAAUUAUUUGGACUGGUUUGGAGAUGAUGAUUCUGGCUCACAUUCAAGAAAUGCUGAUCGCUCUGUUGUGUCAAAGUUCUUACAGUCACAUCCUGCUGAUUUUUCUACAGGAAAAUUACAGGAAAUGGUUCGUUUGAUGAGGGAAAAACGCUUUCCUGCUGCUUUCAAGUGUUACUAUAACUUCCAUAAAAUUAAUGAUUUAUCGAGUGACAACCUGCCUUUCAAAAUGGUGAUCCACGUACAUAGUGAUUCAGGCUUCCGCCGGUACCAGAAAGAGAUGAGACACAAACCAGGACUGUGGCCUUUGUAUCGAGGCUUUUUUGUUGACCUGGAUUUAUUCAAGGUCAAUGAGAAGAAAACUGCCGAAAUGGUAGGAAGUAGCAAUCAAAUGGUAAAAAAUGAGGAAGAGGAUAGCCGUUUAGCUGAUGAAGAUGCAAAUUUGAUGGUCAAGAUGAAAUUCCUUCCUUACAAGUUGAGAACUUUUUUGAUCCGUAAUGGCUUGUCGACUCUUUUCAAAGAAGGCCCUUCUGCGUAUAAGGCUUAUUACCUGAGGCAAAUGAAAAUAUGGAAUACUUCAGCAGCCAAGCAACGAGAACUCAGCAAGAUGCUUGAUGAAUGGGCAGUAUAUAUACGCAGAAAAUAUGGGAACAAACCAUUGUCAUCAUCCACAUACCUAAGUGAAGCUGAGCCCUUCCUUGAGCAAUAUGCAAAGUGUAGUCCACAAAAUCAGGCGUUGAUAGGAUCUGCUGGAAAUUUUGUCAAAGUUGAAGACUUCAUGGCUAUUGUUGAAGGAGAAGAUGUAGAGGGUGAUCUUGAGCCGACCAAAGAUAUUGCUCCUUCAAGCCCUAAUAUUUCCAGCAAAGACAUGGUCGCAAAGAAUGAGGGUCUCAUCGUUUUUUUUCCAGGAAUACCAGGUUGUGCUAAAUCUGCACUUUGUAAGGAAAUACUGAAUGCUCCAGGAGGGCUUGAAGAUGAUCGGCCAAUUCAUAGUUUAAUGGGUGAUCUUAUCAAAGGUAGAUAUUGGCAAAAAGUUGCUGAUGAACGUCGAAGAAAACCUUACUCGAUCAUGCUUGCUGACAAGAAUGCACCAAAUGAGGAAGUAUGGAAACAAAUUGAGAACAUGUGUCUAAGCACCAAAGCAUCUGCUAUUCCAGUUAUACCUGAUUCAGAAGGAACUGAAAUCAAUCCAUUCUCUAUUGAUGCACUGGCGGUUUUUAUAUUCCGAGUACUUCAGCGUGUUAAUCAUCCGGGAAAUCUUGACAAGUCAUCUCCAAAUGCUGGAUAUGUGAUGUUAAUGUUUUAUCACCUUUAUGAUGGAAAGAGCCGUCAGGAGUUCGAGAGUGAACUUAUUGAACGUUUUGGAUCACUUGUCAGAAUUCCUCUACUGAAACCUGAAAGGUCUCCUCUUCCGGAUUCUGUGAGGUCUAUUGUUGAGGAGGGAAUCAAUCUGUACAGGCUUCAUACUAACAAACAUGGAAGAUUGGAGUCUACAAAAGGGACUUUUGUAAAAGAGUGGGUUAAAUGGGAGAAGCAAUUGAGGGAUAUUCUACAUGGAAAUGCGGACUAUCUCAAUUCAAUACAGGUUCCAUUUGAAUUUGCUGUUAAAAAAGUCCUUGAACAACUGAAAGCUAUUGCGAGGGGCGAAUAUGCAGCUCCUUCUUCUGAGAAGAGGAAGCUAGGAUCCAUUGUGUUUGCCGCUAUCAGCCUGCCAGUUCCAGAAAUUCUAGGUCUUCUGAAUGAUCUAGCCAAGAAAGAUCUGAAGGUUGGUGAUUUCUUGAAGGACAAAAGCCUGGAGAGCUGCAUUCAGAAAGCCCAUUUGACCCUAGCUCACAAGAGAAGUCAUGGUGUCACUGCAGUUGCCAAUUACGGUUCCUUUCUUCACCAAAACGUCCCAGUAGACGUGGCUGCUUUGUUGUUCUCCGAUAAAUUGGCUGCCCUAGAAGCUGAGCCUGGUUCUGUCGAAGGUGAAAAGGUCGAUUCUAAAAACCCAUGGCCCCACGUCACAAUAUGGACUGGGGCAGGAGCUACAGCCAAAGAUGCCAAUACACUACCACAGUUACUUUCUCAAGGGAAGGCUAUCCGCAUUGAUAUUAAUCCACCCGUCACUAUAACUGGCACUCUCGAAUUCUUUUGAACUCUACAUGUAAUUCCUCAUCUUGUGUGGAUUUACCUAAUGUAAACCCUACAUGGGUUCUGAGUGAAUAUCAUGUAAUGACACUCCCGAGUUGUAGGAACAAUUUUGUAGGAUCGUGCGCUUUGGCUAUAUAGCAGUCUUGCAGUUGCAGGAUAGAAAUAGAUUUAGAGAAAAUGUAAAGAUGUUGAGGCAAUAAAGGUCUUAAGUCGUGGGCGUUUUGAAAUCCCCGAUGGCAUUUCUUGAAUAAAGCACACCAUUUUCUACCCUU